AUGUCUGACACUGACAAAAAUACAUCUAAUCAAAAUUUGGAAGAAAAUGUCGUCGAGAGCGGAGAUCAUGAGGAAUUACCAUGUGAACCACAGGAUGGUGUAAAAACAGCAGAGGAAUUUUCCACAAUAUGUAACGAGUUAACACAAAAACUAACAAAAGAUUUGAGUUCAUGUGAGGCGUUAUGGGAGCUAUUCAUAAGCGCGACUAAAAGCUAUGAUAAUAUUAAGCCUAUGUUACCAUAUCUGCCCAAGUUUGUUAAAAACCAUGAACAUUUAUUGGUAUUGAUUCAGAACACUCCGCAUUUGCGUGAGAUGCGUCGCGAAUGGAUAGAACCGGAUGAAUGUAGUGACAAAUUAUCUAUACUGUUAGUUUAUUGGGUCCUCUUUGAAUUAAAAAUGCCAACAUUUGAAACACUAACUCGCCAAGAGGUUGAUAAAUUGGUCGCUACUUUAAAGGAAACUCGCACCGUUAUUAAGCCCACGUACAUCUUCAACGUAGACUAUAAUGAAAAUUCUGAAGAAGAACAAUUAUUUAUAACCCGAAGCUCUCAAUAUCCAACUAAGUUUUGUUUUUUCGGGUGCCCUGCUAGCAAUUUAUUUGAAAUUCUAAUAAGAGGAUUUAAAGUUUAUAAGCACCAAAAUAAUAGCAACUAUGGCAUACCAUUUAAUAAUCAGAGUUUACUUGUAUUAAAUGACACGCCCAGCACACCAUGUUGGGGAAAGUGUUCAUUCGGUGACUCCUUCCAGGCAGUCGCAUUAUGUGAAUUUAUAGAAAAGCCCGAGUAUUAUCUUGCCAGAUAUGAUGAGCACAACUGUUGCCAAAUACACGUACAACAUCCGGAUAUGGUUCGUAUUCGCUAUGUCUUUUUUUAUUGUGAAAAUGCAAAGGCGCCCACCUCUAGUAAGAAAAAUUGA